UUUUGUGCGUGCAUUGGGGCUGAGGUAAAACAGCAACACGGAUUUGUUCCGUAGCUGCAUGUACUUGUCUUAAAUGUGCACUUUAAACUUUGGACAACAAAUCAGCAAUUACGAUAAUGUAGAAAAGCACAAACUGGACUCAGUGUUACAACGACGCUAAUAAAACUAUUUAUAAUCUUGAUAUUGCUUGUAUAAACCACCCAAAACUGAGUUAAGCAGAGAGUGCACAUACCACGUGUGUGGUCUCCAGUUGGACUUUUUCAAACGACACUGUUUUAAUUCGGGUAAAAGGAACGACAAGUAUGCACAUAAUGCCAGCAACGUCUGAAAAUAACUGUGAAUCGGCAUGGUUAAAAUGCUACACAUUAACAAUAAUUACCCAUUUUUUAAUACAGUCAAACUAAGGGAAAUUAUCUCGCCAUCUAGCCUACAGUCAAGUGCACGGACACAGUGGAUCUGCAUGCGGUAUAUGCCCUGAACACACUACAGGACAGCCAUAGAGAAAGGAAGACAACCAACUUUUGGCAAGAUGAACUGCAACUCCUUUUACUUCGAUUCUUCAAAGAACGAAAUCUGUCUGGAUAACUGUGGAGGAAUGGAAAGCGCCUCUGACAUUGUAAAAAGCACUGUCGUAGGAACGAUGGCUCUGUUAAUCAUUGUGGGUAACAUCUUUUGUGUUGUGGUACUGUGGAAAACCAAGGAAAUCCAUUUUAUCUCUCGACUGUUUAUGGCAUCUCUCACCGCAACCGACUUGACUUUUGGUUUCUUAGUUGUUCUUCCAGUCGCGUUUUCGUCAGCAUAUAACAAGUGGCCUGUUAACCACGACUUCAUGUGUCAAUUUCAUGAAGCGGCAACAUCUAUUCUAGGGGGUGCCUUAACUAUGAGUUUACUGGGUAUAAGUAUUGACCGCUGGAUUGCGGUCAGUAAACCACUCCGAUAUUCAACAAUUGUGACUCAAAAGAGGGCUCUCAUACUCAUCACAGUUUUAUGGAUUUUACCGCUGUUAUUUCGACUCAUUAGCACGCCGGCUAUUGGUGCCUAUAAGUUGCAGUUCCAAUCAGAUAGUGACAUGUGUUGGAUGUGUACUAGACAGACAGGCCACACCGUAUACACGGCAGGCGUGGGCCUUUUCAUGUUAACCCCAUUUGUAACGACACUCUUUAUAUACGCCCGACUUCUACGGAUAGCUCGCCGACUCGCUCGGCGUAUACAACCUAACAGCGUGCCCCGCAAUAUGGAUGGCGAAGUGUUCAGCGCUCAUGCAAAAUCGGCAAUAACAUUCCUGUUAAUUACUGCUACAUUCGGCAUUUGCUGGAUGCCUUUCACCGGAGUCUGGUUAUAUCGGGAAAUCACAGGAGAAAAUACCCACAAGUACAUCGUUAUAUUUGCUGAAAUGACUGCGUUUUCUAGCAGUUGGCUAGACUGUUUAGUGUAUUACUAUCGAAGUAGAGCAUUCAAGCAAACGGCGCGAACAAUGAUCCGUAAACUUUGUUGCAAGUUACGUCGGCAGAACACGGAGCAGCUUUCAACUAUAAGAACUAUUAAUGUACGGGAAGCAAAUGAGCUUGAGUGUUCAACAACCUCAGACUGGAAAUAGACUAGUUUCACCAUACUGAAUGCGGCAAGAAAUAUAGUUAAUUCUUCAAAAUCUAGAGUAAUGAUAUACAAAAAUGAAACAGCAUUGCCAUGCUUUUACUAUACCGACAAGCUACAUGUACAGCUUGUCUGUAUGGUAAAUGCAUUUUUAUCAGAUUAAGGAUUUCACAUCUGUUACUCUUUCAGAAAUUGCCCUUUUGUAAAUACCUUUGUUUAUUCUUCUUAAAAGAACAUUUUUUUCUCUUGUAUAUACAAGAUUUAUUUUCAGAUUAAGGAUUUCACAUCUGUUACUUUCUCAGAAAUUGCCAUUUUGUGAACACCUUUGUUUAUUCUUCUUAAAAGAACAUUUUUUCUCUUGUAUAUACAAGAUUUAUUAGAUUAAAUUUCACAUCUAUUACUCUCUCACUGAAAUUGCCCUUUUGUAAAUACGUUUGUAUAUUCUUCUUAAAUAACAUUUUUUUAUACAAGAACAAAAAUGUUAUUUAAGAAGAAUAGACAGAGGUAUACAAUAGGGCAAUUUCUGAGAGAGCAAUAGACGUGAAAUCCUUAAUCUGAUAAAACUGUCCGAAUAAACUGUCGGUGAAAAACUGAGUAUUUCGGUUACAAAAAGACAAUUUAAGAUAAUA